GCGUAGUAGGAUUGGUAACUCCACUGAGGAAGAUGGCGGCGUGUGGACGUGUUCUGCGGCUCCUGCUGGUGCUCUUCAUCUCCGGCUCGAUCUGCUCUGCUCGGGAGGCCAAACCAGCGCUCGGAGACGGCGAUAUCCCCGCGGACAUCAGCGAGAGAGCCCGGAACCCCGCGGGGGAGGCGAGGGCCGCGGACGGGCCGCCGGCGGGCCGCAGGAGCGGAGGCUCAGGCUGGAGGCUCGCGGAGGAGGAGGCCUGUCGGGAGGACGUGAGCAGGAUCUGCCCCAAACACUCCUGGAACAACAACCUGGCCGUGCUCGAGUGCCUGCAGGACCGCAAAGACGACACCGAGAUCGCCUCAGACUGCAAUCAUCUGCUCUGGAACUACAAGCUGAACCUGACGACUGACCCGAAGUUCGAGUCCGUGGCCGUCGAGGUGUGCAAGACCACCAUCAGUGCGAUUAAGGAGUGUGCCGCUGAGGAGCGUGGGAAGGGCUACCUGGUGUCGUGUUUAGUGGACCACCGCACCAACAUCUCCGAGUACCAGUGUGACCAGUACAUCACCAAGAUGACCAGCAUAGUGUUCAGCGACUACCGGCUGAUCUGCGGCUUCAUGGACAAGUGCAAAGACGACAUCAACAAGCUGCACUGCGGGAGCGUCACCACGGGGGAGAAGGACCUGCACUCCCAGGGCGAGGUGAUCUCGUGUCUGGAGAAGGGCCUGGUGAGCGAGGCCGAGGAGCAGGGCACGUACGCCAUCAGAGACGAGUGCAAGAAGUCCAUCAUGCGUGUGGCCGAGCUCUCGUCCGACGACUUCCACCUGGACCGGCACCUGUACUUCUCCUGCCGCGAGGACCGCGAGCGCUUCUGCGAACACACUCCAGCCGGAGAAGGAAAGGUCUACAAAUGCCUGUUCAACCACAAGUACGAGGAGAGCAUGUCUGACAAGUGCAAGGACGCUCUGUCCACUCGCCAGAAGCUGAUCGCUCAGGACUACAAGGUCAGCUACUCACUGGCUAAAGCCUGUAAACCAGACCUGCGUAAAUACCGCUGCAACAUGGACACCGCGAUGCCUCGAGCGCGCGAAGCCAAGCUCUCGUACCUGCUCCUGUGCCUGGAGGCGGCCGUACACCGCGGUCAGACCGUGAGUGGUGAGUGUCAGGGGGAGAUGCUGGACUACAGGCGGAUGCUGAUGGAGGAUUUCUCGCUCAGUCCUGAGAUCGUGCUGCACUGCCGAGGGGAGAUCGACACACACUGCUCCGGCCUGCACCACAAGGGCCGAACCCUGCACUGCCUCAUGAGGGUGUCCCGGGAAAAGGGCAUCCUCGAAGGACACUGCCAGAAAGCUCUCCAGACGCUGAUUCAGGAGACGGACCCCGGGGCCGACUAUCGCAUCGACCGGGCCCUGAACGAGGCCUGCGAGUCCGUCAUCCAGACCGCCUGCAAACACAUCCGAAACGGAGACCCCAUGAUCCUGUCGUGUCUGAUGGAGCAUCUCUACACUGAUAAGAUGGUGGAAGACUGUGAACACAGACUGCUGGAGCUGCAGUACUUCAUCUCCAGAGACUGGAAACUGGACCCCAUCCUGUACAAGAAGUGUCAGAACGACGCGGCCCGCAUCUGUCACACUCACGGCUGGAACGAGACGAGCGAGUUCAUGCCUCCCGGAGCCAUCUUCUCCUGUCUGUACCGGCACGCGUACCGCACCGAGAUGCAGGGGCGACGGGCUUCGUCAGAAGCUUCUGAAGUCAGUUCGGAUUUGUCCCGGGACUGUAAGACUGAGGUUCAGAGGAUCCUGCACCAGAGGGCUCUGGAUGUGAAGCUGGACCCGGAUCUUCAGCAUCGCUGUAUGACGGACCUGGGGAAGUGGUGCAGUGAGAAGACUGAAUCUGGACAGGAAUUGGAGUGCCUGCAGGAUCACUUGGAGGAUCUGAUCCCUGAAUGCAGGGAUGUGGUGGGGAACCUCACAGAACUGGAGUCCGAGGACAUUCAGAUCGAGGCGCUGUUGAUCCGUGCCUGUGAGCCUGUGAUCCAGUCCUACUGUCACGACGUGGCUGAUAACCAGAUCGACACCGGGGACCUGAUGGAGUGUCUCGUUGCCAAUAAACACCAGAAGGAAAUGAAUGAGAAGUGUGCGGUGGGAGUCACACACUUCCAGCUGAUCCAGAUGAAGGACUUCCGCUUCUCCUACAAGUUCAAGAUGGCCUGCAAGGAGGACGUGCUCAAACUGUGUCCCAACAUCAAGAAGAAGGUGGAUGUGGUGAUCUGUCUGAGUACCACAGUGAGGAACGACACGCUGCAGGAGGUGAAAGAGCAGCGCGUCUCCAUGAAGUGCCGGAAGCAGCUGCGCGUGGAGGAGCUGGAGAUGUCGGAGGACAUUCGUCUGGAGCCGGAUCUGUACGAGAGCUGUCGUCAGGACAUCAAGCAGCACUGCCAGAACGUGGUGUUCGGGAACGCUCAGGUGAUCGAGUGUCUGAAGGAGAGCAAGAAGCACCUGACCCAGCAGUGCCAUCAGAAGGUGUUCCGGCUGCAGGAGACCGAGAUGAUGGACCCUGAGCUCGACUUCCAGCUCAUGAGGGUCUGCAAGCAGAUGAUCCGGCGUUUCUGCAGCGAGACUGAUGCGAAGAACAUGUUACAGUGUCUGAAACAAAACAAGAACAGCGAGACCAUGGACCCUAAAUGCAAACAGAUGAUCACGAAGAGACAGAUCACCCAGAACACAGACUAUCGCCUGAACCCAGUGCUGAGGAAGGCCUGUAAAGCGGACAUCCCCAAGUUCUGCCAGAACAUCCUCAACAAGGCCAAAGACGACAACGAGCUGGAGGGCCAGGUCAUCUCCUGCCUCAAGCUCAAAUACGCAGACCAGCGUCUCUCUCCGGACUGUGAGGGUCAGAUCAGUGUGAUUCUGCAGGAGUCAGCGCUCGACUACAGGCUCGACCCACAGCUGCAGCUCCAGUGCAGUGAGGAGAUCCCGCGGCUCUGUGCGGAGGAGGUGGCGGCGCAGGAGCAGACGGGUCAGGUGGAGGAGUGUUUAAAGUAUAACCUGCUGAAGAUCAACCACGAGGGCUGUAAGAAGGAGGUGCUGAACAUCCUGAAGGAGAGCAAGGCUGAUAUCUUCGUGGAUCCGGUUCUUCACACAGCCUGUGCGCUGGACAUUAAGCACCAGUGUGCUGCGAUCCCGCCGGGACGAGGACGACAGAUGUCCUGUCUGAUGGAGGCGCUGCAGGACAAGCGUGUGAGACUCCAGCCCGAGUGCAAGAAGAGGCUACAGGACCGCAUCGACAUGUGGAGUUACGCUGCGAAGGUGGCUCCAGCAGAAGGCUUCUCUGACCUGGCGGGUCAGGUGUUCACGUCUCCAGCUAAGGGCUACAUCCUGAGCAUGCUCGCGGUGUGUGUGUUGCUGCUGUUCCUCAUGGGUCUGCUGUGCGGCCGCAUCACCAAGCGUGUGACGCAGGAGCUGAAGGACAGAAGACUUGCUCAGCCAUCGGUUGCUCCUAAAAUCAAGGACAGGAAAGGAUACGUUCUUAUUCAGUAACAAAAAUAGCCACUUUUACUCAAACCGCAUCAAAUGGCUUGUGCUUAGUAUGUUUCUGCAUGGAUUUUCUCAAAAUAAUUUCUAGGCCAUACAUUGAAUGUAUCCACAUUGGCAAAGUUGGUUAAAUCAAAAGAUGUUGCGCUCCAUGUCUUUCUAGCUUCACGUGCUUUUCAUACUCCUGCUUCCCAACGCUUCAGUUUAUGACUGUGAUCUGGGUCGAUCAAACAUGCGGAAACCGAAUCCUUUACGCUUUCAUUCUUCUCCCAUUUACCGGUUCAGUUGUGUUCAGUUUUG